UUACUAAUAGUCGUCCCUCGAUCUCGCCACACACUCUCGCUUCUCUUCCGCAUAUAUACAUCUCGUCAACGUCAUCAGCUGGCUCGAAGCUCAAGUUAAAGCUGACAGGGUUCGCGAAAACUCACCGGCAAGCAACAAACCUUCAUUGUUGAUCCCAGAGCGGCACUGGAAUAACAACGCGAUAGUGUGCGACGCAGAAACCUUGCCCUUGCAGUGCAGCUCCCAACUUUGUCUUACCCUUUUUACACUUUACUUUUCCUCUUCUCCUAACUCUCUACGGAUUAAGCUACAGUCAUCUACCCUGGCCGCGCUGCGGUCUUUAUCUGCUACUUUCGACUAUGGGUAACGGCACUACAGCUGUGUUGGAGCCCACUUUCACAGGUUAUGUGGCUUCCACGCACGAUGCCUUGAUCCUCUUCGAAGCCUGCCUUACGGGCGUCCUUCACCAUGUCCCGCGACGACCGCAUGACCGUGAAAGGGCCCAGCUGGUCCGCAGUGGUAGUGUUUUCAUAUACGAAGAGAAUGCCUCGGGUAUCAAACGAUGGACAGAUGGAGUGACAUGGAGUCCCAGUCGCAUUCUCGGCAACUUUCUGGUUUAUCGAGAGCUGGACAAGCCCUUCCCGCCGGGUGAGAAGAAACGAGCAAUGAAGAAGGGCAGCCGGCGUCCACCGCAGCCCACACGUGCAGGCGAGCCCUACCCUCGUCCGCAACCAGAUAGCAACGGCCAGGCAUACUCCCCAACAACCACCUCUGCCGGAACUACAUAUGGCGAAAGAACUGCCCAGUCGGAAUUAGAGCGGGCGCUCGUGGGCUCUCUAGUUGAUUCCUACGGGUUUAAAGAUUCAGGGCUGGUGAAGAAAACCAUGAGUGUGACUGUCUCCGGGGUUACUCACCACUUGGUGUCCUACUACAGUGUCGAGGAUGUGAUGCGCGGAGUACUCCGCCCCCCUUCUGUCGUCGAAUCGCUCAAGUACAUUAGACCGCGUCCCGAGCUCACAACCAAACAAAGCUUCAGAGCUCCCAUCGAUGAUUUGGAACCGAAUAAUCUGGACACGGAGGAUCCUAAUCAGGCAUUGUACGGUUAUCGCAGACCUAUGGUGGGCCAAGGAUAUGCUAUGCCGAACCCCAAUUACUACCCCAUACCUGGACCUGGUUAUGUUCCCCAUCCCCAGCAACCUGGAGCAAUACCUGGAUAUGCGCCUCUCCCUGGUCAUCCUCAAUAUAUGCAAAACCCUCCUCCUCCUCCUCCCCCUCCUCCGUCGGAGCUUCCCCCCAAGACGGAAGACUACUCGAGCUUCCGUGGGCCCGCUGGAUAUGCCCCGGCUUACGAAGCCCCAAGCCAAGCCAUCCCACAUAUGCCACCCAACAUGAACCGGCCGCAGCAUGCACCUAAUCCUCCCCUAUACCGAACGCCUUCGCUGCCAGGCCGGAAUGUACAACCUGCAGAGAUGCCUCAACCAGUGGAUCCAAAUGCACAGCAACCCCCGGCCUCCUACCAGAGGAGUAGUUUUAGCGUUCAAGGGGGGAUAGAGGGAAGCUACGGAGGGCAAUAGGGAGCAGAGGAAUAUUUCAAAAAUUCGCCACAAAAUGUCAUUUUGCAACCACCUAUGCAGCACACAUCCCGAAACUUUUCCCCGGUAUCGACUAGUAGGCUUGAAAAGGUAAAAAUAUGGGCUUCAAGAUUCAGUUUGUAAUAAGAGUUGUUGCAAAGGCAAUUUUCGAGUUUCGAGUUCUGGGUGGCAGUUUCUUUUUUUUUUUUUUUUCUUCUUUUCCUUUGUUAAGCUUCAUGGCCCCUGCGUUAGUUCUCAGCCUUGUUUAGUGUCUUUUGUUUAUUUUUCUUUUGCAUAUCAAGUAUGGACAGUGAAUUCGAUGCUUAUUUUUUCUGCUUCCUGGGUUAGAGUCCGUGAAUUGGUGAAGUGAAGGGGGGGAGGAAAGAAGAAGAAAAAGGCUCCUCAAACGGCAUUGCUCAAGCAGUUUUAAGCAUUCCUUAAACCUGGUCACCCCGA